GAAUUUAGAUAAUACAUAAAACUCAAGAUGAUUCUUGUUGUUUUUAUUUUGACUGCACUUGAAAUAACUUUUUCAACUACGCAAACAACUACCUCAACUGAACCAAGUCAGUGUAUAAUUUUUCCAAACUUACCUAUAUGUUUGCUAACUACGACGACAAUAACAUCCAUAUCUGAUUCAACAACUACGAAGGACAUCACGACUACUGCAGCAUCUCCUACAACACCUGAAGACUUGAUAACAACCACACUUGCUCCUGCAACCACUGAAAAAGUACCCACCACGACAGAAGAACUAAGUACAAGUGAAUCAAUUCUGUGUAAAAAUGUUCCGAAUUUACCAAUAUGUUUGCAAAGUACGACGACAAUAACUUCCAUAUCUGAUUCCACAACAACUGAAGACUUGAAAACAACCACUGAAAAUAUACCCAUAACCACAAAUGCGCCCACAACGUCAGAAGAACUAAGUACAACUGAAUCAAUUCUGUGUACAAAUUUUCCGAAUUUACCAAUAUGUUUGCAAAGUACGACGACAAUAACUUCCAUAUCUGAUUCCACAACUACAAAGGACAACAACGCAACUACAGCAUCUCCUGCAACAACUGAAGACUUGAAAACAACAACACUUGCUCCUACAACGUCAGAAGAACUAAGUACAACUGAAUCAAUUCUGUGUACAAAUUUUCCGAAUUUACCAAUAUGUUUGCAAAGUACGACGACAAUAACUUCCAUAUCUGAUUCCACAACUACGAAGGACAACAACGCAACUACAGCAUCUCCUGCAACAACUGAAGACUUGAAAACAACAACACUUGCUCCUACAACGUCAGAAGAACUAAGUACAACUGAAUCAAUUCUGUGUACAAAUUUUCCGAAUUUGCCAAUAUGUUUGAAAAGUACAACGACAAUAACUUCCAUAUCUGAUUCCACAACUACGAAGGACAACAACGCAACUACAGCAUCUCCUGCAACAACUGAAGACUUGAAAACAACAACACUUGCUCCUACAACGUCAGAAGAACUAAGUACAACUGAAUCAAUUCUGUGUACAAAUUUUCCGAAUUUACCAAUAUGUUUGCAAAGUACGACGACAAUAACUUCCAUAUCUGAUUCCACAACUACGAAGGACAACAACGCAACUACAGCAUCUCCUGCAACAACUGAAGACUUGAAAACAACCACACUUGCUCCUACAACCACUGAAAAUAUACCGGAAGUCUCUUCUACAACGACUGAAGAACCAUCGACCACUUUAGCUUCAACAACCACUGAAGAAGUAACAACAACUACGACCGCGGCAGUAACAACAACCACUACUGCUCCCACUAUCACUGAAGAAUUGACAACAACAACAAUUGCUCCUACAACCACUUCUUCAGCUCCAACGACUACUGAGGAAAACUCUACAACUUCUGAAGAAAUAACAACUACAACUUCGGCAAAAACCACAGAAUCAACAACGACAGCUCCCUCCAGCUCUCAGGCUCAACACCACCACCAUUACCACCACGAAGUGAUUGGACCUCCACAUCGACCUCCACCUUUUCCAAUCCUUGGAUCCUUGCCUGUGGCAGAUUCUGCUGCAAUUGCGAUACUACCUAUUCGGCGUCCACCUCCAAUCCCUGCAUUUCCUAGACCACCACCAAGACCACCACCAAGACCACUACCAAGACCACCACCAAGACCACUACCAAGACCACCACCAAGACCACUAAGACCACUACCAAGACCACCACCAAGACCACACCCCUUUGGAAAUUUGGUUGGAUAA